UUUGAGCAUGUGAGCAUGCUGGUCAUUCUGCUGAACUGUGUGACUCUGGGCAUGUUCCAACCAUGUGAGGACCUCAAGUGCCAGUCUGAAUGGUGUGUCAUCCUCCAGGUAUUUGAUGAUUGCAUCUUCGCUUUCUUUGCUGUGGAGAUGGUCAUCAAAAUGGUAGCCCUGGGGAUUUUUGGAUCAAAGUGUUACCUUGGCGACACAUGGAACCGCCUGGACUUUUUCAUUGUCAUGGCAGGGAUGAUGGAGUAUUCACUGGAUGGUCAUAACGCCAGCCUGUCAGCCAUCCGGACCGUGCGAGUGCUCAGGCCCCUGCGAGCCAUCAACAGAGUGCCUAGUAUGAGGAUACUGGUCACUCUACUUCUAGAUACUCUGCCUAUGUUAGGCAACGUCCUCCUGCUGUGCUUUUUUGUCUUCUUUAUAUUUGGCAUUGUCGGUGUGCAGCUCUGGGCGGGACUUCUUAGGAAUCGCUGUUUCAUGGCAGAUGACGCGAAAGCCCUCUAUAAUCUGUCAUUCAUGAGUCCAUACUUCAUGCAUGAAGACGGUGAGGACAACCCCUUCAUCUGCUCCACCAAUAAGGAGAACGGCAUGCUGCGUUGCAAGGCAGUGCCCCCUGUCAAGGAGGGCGAUGUGGAGUGCUCUUUAAAAGCACCUCUACCGGGACAUGUCUACUUUGGCCUUGAUGAACCAAGCAAGAACACCUGUGUUAACUGGAACCAGUAUUACAGUGUGUGUCAGCCUGGGGAGCUCAACCCCCAUAAAGGGGCAGUGAACUUUGAUAAUAUUGGAUAUGCCUGGAUUGCGAUAUUCCAGGUUAUCACUUUGGAAGGAUGGGUGGACAUCAUGUAUUACGUUAUGGAUGCACACUCAUUUUACAAUUUUAUAUAUUUUAUAUUGCUUAUUAUAGUGGGUUCCUUCUUUAUGAUCAACCUGUGCCUGGUUGUAAUAGCCACCCAGUUUUCUGAAACAAAGCAACGUGAGAACCAGCUGAUGCAGGAACAGAGAGCACGCUACCUCUCCAACGACAGCACGCUCGCCAGCUACUCAGAGCCAGGAAGCUGCUACGAGGAGAUGCUCAGGUACAUCAGCCACCUGUGCCGCAAGGUGAAGCGCCGUGCUUCCCGCAUCUACCAUAGCUGGCAGAACAAACGCAGAAAGAAAGUGAAUCCAAACAGUGGGCUGGGUGGGGGAGGAGGGAGUGGAGGCGGAGCCAAUAGUCACAUCAGGCACAAAGGUGGCAGCCACUGGGUCCGCUCCAUCCAUAACCUCAUCCAGCAGCACCAACGUCAGCACUGUCACCUCAGCAACGGCAGCCACAGCCCUCUGGCCACUACGGGACCCGGCGAGGCUCUGGAAAUGAGGUCUAUCACAACAGGGCCACAACUUACCGUGUCCUCUCAGCCAACCGCUGUGCAGAAUCUUUCUUCCAGGACUCAAUCGGUGCACAGUAUCUAUCAAGGGGACUUUCAUGAGACCCCGCAAGUGCAAACAAGCACUUCGGCUGGUGUGCCAUCACUUGCAAGACUAAACGGGGGUAUGAACUAUCCCACUAUCUUGCCCUCCUUUAUCUGCAGCUAUACCGGCAGCAACCCUGCGGGUAAAGAGAGCGGAGAGUCCAACACCAAUACAGGAUGUGAUGCGAUAGAUCCCUUUGAUAAGCUGCACCAGCUUCUGGGAGAACAUAGUCACAGUCGUGUGCUUCUGCAGAUCGCCGGUGUGGUGCCUAGUCCUCUGCUCUUGGAGCUCUUGAGCUGCCCAUAUUGUGUUAGGGCACUGGAAACCAUGGACUUGGAGCUGAGUGAUUCAGACUACUCCAGGUCAGAAGGGGAUGUGGUGUAUGAGUUCUCCCACGGAGCUGAGUUCAAACCCAGCAGUUCAUCCCAUCACAAAAUACUGGAGAAGCGUAACCGAUUGGUUCAGUACUGGGAUGACUUUCGGGACAGAUUGAUACGCAUAGUGGAUAGCAAAUACUUUAAUCGAGGAAUUAUGAUUGCCAUCCUAAUCAACACUUUAAGUAUGGGGAUUGAAUACCAUGAGCAGCCUGAGGAGCUGACAGACAUUCUCGAGAUCAGCAAUAUUGUCUUCACCAGCAUGUUUGUCUUAGAAAUGCUCUUCAAACUGCUGGCCUUUGGCAUCUUUGGCUACAUCAGGAAUCCAUACAACAUAUUUGAUGGGAUUAUUGUAGUCAUAAGUGUGUGGGAGAUCAUAGGACAGGCAGAUGGAGGUCUUUCAGUGCUGAGGACGUUUCGACUCCUGCGUGUACUCAAACUCGUGCGCUUCCUCCCUGCACUGCGCAGACAGCUGGUGGUCCUCAUGAAGACUAUGGACAAUGUGGCGACAUUCUGCAUGCUGCUCAUGCUUUUCAUCUUCACUUUCAGCAUUCUUGGAAUGCAUCUGUUUGGAUGCAAAUUCAGCCUAAAAAUGGAGAAUGGAGACACGAUUCCAGACAGGAAAAACUUUGACUCCCUGCUGUGGGCUAUUGUCACUGUGUUUCAGAUUCUGACUCAGGAGGACUGGAAUGUGGUUCUCUAUAAUGGAAUGGCUUCCACCACACCAUGGGCUGCUCUUUAUUUUGUGGCUCUGAUGACUUUUGGAAAUUAUGUGCUCUUUAACCUGCUGGUGGCCAUUUUAGUGGAGGGGUUUCAGGCAGAGGGGGAUGCUAACAGGUCAGACGCGGAUGAGGAAAAGAGGUCGUUGAAUUUUGAAGAGGAGGAGAAGUUGGGGGAAUUACGAGCUACAGAGUUGAAGAUGUACUCUCUGAUGAUGUCAGCCAAUGGCCAUGUGGAUCCUCGAGGCGCUUUGCCACCACCAAUCAUCAUGCGCACAGCUGCCACACCCAUGCCCACUCCGAAGAGCUCUCUUGGCCCAGAAUCAGUGUUUGGUUUGGCCGAGUCGAGGCAGGGCAGUGGGGUGUCAAUAGAUUUAAAUGCCUUUGAUCAGAAAUCCCUGUCAAGCCCAAGAAAAUCUCCCUGCCACCCCCGUGGCACAAGCAGUAACUGGGGUAGCCGCAGAUCGAGUUGGAACAGUUUAGGACGAGCACCAAGUUUGAAACGAAAGGACACAUCUGGAGAAAAAGAGUCUCUGCUGUCUGGGGAGGGUAAGGGCAGCUUUGAGGAUGAUGACUCGGAAGGCGAGAAAAUGGGCAAUACCAGUGGGGGCUUAUUGCAGCAUCCCAGCUCUCUAGAUAUCCCUGAGGUGCAUCAGGGCCUCGGCUUGAGCCCAUUAGGAGAGUACCAUGACUGUAAUGGAGGAACCCUACACCUGCCCACUGACCUUACCACCACCCUGAGCAAAGAAGACUCCAUCGCAGAGGAGGAUUUAGAUGAUAGCUUCUGUGUCCGUCUGAGGAGAACAAUGGAAGCUUAUAAACCUAAGUGGUGUAAAGAUCAUGAAGACUGGUCACUUUAUCUGUUCUCUCCUGAGAACAAGUUUCGGAUGAUGUGUCAAAGAUUAAUUUCUCACAAGAUUUUUGAUCAUGUGGUCUUGGUAUUCAUCUUCCUGAAUUGUAUCACCAUUGCUAUUGAGAGGCCCCAUAUUCAGCAACCUGAGCGGGUGUUUCUCAGUAUUUCCAAUUACGUUUUCACUGUGAUCUUUGUUGCUGAAAUGACUGUGAAGGUUGUGGCUCUUGGCUUCUGCUCUGGGAAGCACAGUUACCUGCAGAGCACCUGGAAUGUUCUGGAUGGAGUUCUAGUCUUCGUCUCUCUCAUUGAUAUUCUGGUCUCACUGGAUCCCACUAGUGGAAACAGAAUUUUCGGUAUCCUGAGGGUUCUUCGCCUGCUAAGAACCCUUCGGCCUCUCAGAGUGAUUAGUCGUGCUCCUGGACUGAAGCUGGUGGUGGAAACACUUAUAACAUCUCUUAGGCCCAUUGGGAACAUUGUGCUGAUCUGCUGUGCCUUCUUUAUUGUCUUUGGCAUACUUGGAGUUCAGCUCUUCAAAGGAAAGUUUUACCAUUGUGAAGGUCUCGACACUAAAAACAUCACCAACAAGUCUAACUGUCUUCAAGCAAACUACAAAUGGAUUCGGAGAAAGUACAACUUUGACAAUUUGGGACAGGCUCUUAUGUCACUUUUCGUGCUGUCCUGUAAGGACGGAUGGGUGAAUAUAAUGUACGACGGGCUGGAUGCUGUAGGGGUGGAUCAGCAGCCUGUGCGCAACCAUAACCCUUGGAUGCUCCUCUACUUCAUUUCUUUCCUCCUGAUCGUCAGCUUCUUUGUGCUGAACAUGUUUGUGGGUGUGGUGGUGGAGAACUUCCACAAGUGUCGUCAGGACCAGGAAGAAGAGGAGGCCCGUCUGCGUGAGGAGAAGAGGCAGCGGCUGCUGGAGAAAAAGCGCAGGAGUAAGGCGAAUUGCGGGUCUGAUGCCCAGCAGAGACCGUACUAUGCAGACUACUCUCCAGCCCGCCUUUACAUCCACACACUGUGUACCAGCCACUACCUGGACCUUUUUAUCACCUGCAUCAUAGGCAUUAAUGUGGUCACUAUGUCCAUCGAGCAUUACAAUCAGCCUUCGUACCUUGAAGAGUCGCUGAAAUAUUGUAACUAUGUCUUUACCAUCAUCUUCAUUAUUGAGGCUUUGCUCAAACUUGUGGCUUUUGGCUUACGGAGAUUCUUCAAAGACAGAUGGAACCAGCUGGAUCUAGCCAUAGUUCUGCUCUCUAUCAUGGGCAUCACGCUGGAGGAGAUCAAGAUGAAUGCAGCGCUGCCAAUCAACCCAACCAUCAUCCGUAUUAUGAGAGUGUUGAGGAUAGCCAGAGUACUGAAGCUUUUAAAGAUGGCUACAGGCAUGAGAUCCCUGCUGGACACAGUAAUGCAAGCUUUACCACAGGUGGGAAAUCUGGGCUUGCUGUUUAUGCUCCUCUUCUUCAUUUAUGCGGCACUUGGUGUGGAGCUUUUUGGGAAACUAGAGUGCAAUGACAACAACCUAUGUGAAGGAUUAAGUCGCCAUGCCACGUUUGAAAACUUUGGCAUGGCUUUUCUAACAUUAUUUAGAGUGUCAACUGGGGACAAUUGGAAUGGCAUAAUGAAGGACACUUUGAGGGAGUGCACUCCAGGGGAUAAGCACUGCCUCAGCUACCUCCCACUGGUCUCCCCCAUUUACUUUGUCACCUUUGUGCUGAUGGCUCAGUUUGUGCUGGUUAAUGUGGUGGUGGCUGUACUGAUGAAACACUUGGAGGAGAGCAAUAAGGAAGCUAAGGAAGAUGCAGAAAUGGAUGCUGAGAUUGAGAUGGAGAUGGAAAUGGCUCGGCGUCUCAGCAAAGUCUCAGCAGGGAGCUGUUCUGGGCCAGAAGGCAGGGCAACUUACGUAGGACCACACCCAGAUUCACCUGGACAGGAUGAGAAGAUGCAAAGAACACAGGAGAAAAUGUCAGUAUCAAGGAUGCACUCUUUGCCCAAUGACAGUUACAUGUUUCGCCCUGUGAGGCCGGCCAGUGCUCCAUAUCCACUUGAAGAGGUGGAACCCAGUCACGGGUACCUUGAAUUAGGCUCCAUCACAUCGGUUCACUCCCAGCCAUGUGAGGGCCAUUCCCUGCUCCAGGUCCCUGGUGUUCCUCCCCAUUUCCAGUUCAACAACAGCCUCCCCAGGAUUCCCCCUCCCAAGCCCUCUCCAAACCACAGUAUAGGCAGGGCUCUACACAGACAGGAGGCAAUAAAAAAUGACUCCGUUGAUGCGCAAAGUUUCGACUCCAAAGACAAUCUUGAUAGACAAGCAGGGAUAAGCUUGAAGCUGCCUGUUCCAUGGAUCUCUGGCCCUAUGAGCCCCCAGGGGUCACCACUGCUGCCCCCAUGUGGACACAGCACCCGCACCUUCCAGCACCCCCACAGUCAGCACAAUAUCCCCUCUCGACCUCCAAGCCAGGCCAGCAGCAGCAGAAGCACUAGCCCCAGUGGCUCUAUGUUCGACUCAGCUGAUCCGACGGAUGAGGAGGUUUGCCACAUCAACAGUACAGCGAGGCUGUGGGCAGGGGUCCAUCCAGAAGCACGGAGUCACUCCCUGUCUCCUUACGCCACCUCAGGGACACUACUUCCAAUCCCAGUGAAGAAUUGCAGCAGUGCUGCCAACUUAGGCGAUUUCAAAGAUAAAGACCCUAAGAAGUGCUUCAGUGUGGACACUGAGGGUUUUCUGGAAAAACCCUAUGGUACUGAUGACCAUCGCAGACACUCGAUUGAGAUUUGCCCUUCAGUAGAUAAUGAGCUAGAUAAUGAGUUUUGUCAAGAACUCGGUGAAAAGAGGCAUCCUCCAGUGCGUGGGAAGUCAUUGCACAUUCCCAGGAAGAAAAAGAUGAGCCCUCCCUGUAUCUCCAUAGAGCCCCCGUUUGAAACGGAGGCUCGUGCCUCUCUUGCAUCCAUGAAAAAGCUGUCAGAGAGCAGCAUGUUACUGCGGAGGAGGACACCGUCCUAUGACCUAGCCCUGCAGCAGGACUCUAUGGAUUUGCCAGAGAACCAGCUGUCCACCCAGCCGCUUAUCAAAGUAGAGCGUCAUCACUGUGCCGAGUAUUUAUCUCUGCCGCACCCCACUCCAAUGAACAGUCUGUCAGGCAUUCUGUGCGAGACCACACAGCCGCCCCCCUUCGAUAGCAGAUUUGAAGAAUCCGCUGACUUCAGCUCAGUAAACAGGACAGCCCAAUAAGAGACAUCAAAUGAGAAAUGUGGGUGGCUUUAUCCAAAUGUUACAGUCUACACUCAAAGGUGUGGCAACUAGUUGAACAGGGGACAUCAACCUCUUUCUGUAGCCAAAGUUUAUUUCUUUAUUUCUUUUUCAAACGUAAUAUCAUCAUGAAAGCCAGCCAGUAAUGGCAACCGAUCCUAGUGGGGACAGCUUUUGAUUUGAUUGUGAUCGGGCAAGGUUUUGAACAUGGGAUAUGCAAUUUCAGGUUUCCAAAUGGAACUCUGGUUCUUAUUUUAGUCCCAGUGCUCAAUCACAUUGAUUUGAGUUCAGGAUGUGUGGUGUUAUGUAUCAUCUGUAUGAUAUUUGUCAGUCUUUCCUCUCUUUGUCAUGAGCAUUGCUAAUGUUUUCUGUACAGACAGAGUAUACAGCUUAUAAAGACUAAUAAGAACUGUACAUGUUAUGUACUUUAUUGACUCAUAAUGUGUAAAUAGAGAACAUAUUGUAUUAGUGAAGAAACAAGCUCUAUUCAUAUGCACAUAUUUUUUAUAUAGAUCUAUACUGUUUUUGCACAUAUCAAUUUGAAUUUCAAGUUGAAUUGUCCUCUAUUGUCUUCUUGUGAAUGUACUUUUUUUUUUUAUCAAAUAGCUGUGGGAUCAAUUAUAGUCUGUUUAGGCCUACUGAUAUUGAGAUGAUUUUUAUUUUUCUAUUGGGAGGCGGGGUGUGUCAUAUAUAGAUCCAAUGAGAACCAAACUACAAAUCAUCUGUAGCCUGAGUGCAAUACACUAUAAAUGUUUCUGUAAGUUUACCCAGUUAGUUUAAUCACUUUUUUAACACAAACAUAGCCAGUAACAAGCAUCUCACAUACACACCACUUUACCAUACUCAGGUUCAUCUCAAAAUGUAUAUUAAGGUUUUACUACACUCUACAUUAUAACCUAAUUUAACAGCAACAUUUUAACAUAUUUUAACAUUUUGUGGCCCUUGGCUGUGGCACAAGUUGCAUGUGAAGGACAGAGUAAUUCAAAUGUAAAUGUGACCUUGUUCUGUUUCUCCUGAUGUUUAAACUUUAUAACUGUCAAAGGAGAAGACUAAGGGAGUUCAUAUCAGAACAUGCUUUUUGAUCUAUUCAGCUUUGAAAUGGCACCUCUAGGUUUGUGCCCUCAGAAAAGUGUUAUAAAAGAAACACAAAGGAACGUUUUGGUUUUUGAAUUUUUAAGAGGAUGUGAUUUAUGUAGUUAAACUAAGCCACUGUUUUGGAAAAGCACAGGUUAAGAUAUACCUGUGAAUCCUGCACUUAUUUAUAAUAAUAUAUCUCACUCAACUGCAUAUCCAAUGUCAUCAAUGUAUUACAACAUUUUCAGAUUUAAAAUAGUUAAUGCAGCUUUUGUGCUGUGGUAAUUUACUAUUUUACUAAAUUUCUGAAUUUCCUCAAAAGAUGGAGAGGGAAACUCCAUUGCAUGUUCUUGAGAGGUCUUAGAAAAACAAUCAUCUGGAUGUUUUUUGAAGUUUUUAAUAUUUCAAUUUUCAGAUGUUUUCCAUUUGUAGACUUAUUAUCUCAUUACACUGGGAUGUAAUUACAAGGUAUUCCUCUUUGUAAAACUGAGUAAAACCACUUAUUGUUGUCUAAUGCAAUAUUUUAUGGUAGUCUACAUUGAGAUGAGUGCAGUUGAUUUAGGUGAAAGCAAAAAUCAUGAAUGAUAAGUGUUUACUCUGACAACAUAAUCUGAUGUCAAUUUAUUAUUGGACUUUGAGGCUAAUGUGUGGAGUGUUUCAUAUACUAAGGGACCAGAGCCACACUUUUGCAAAAGGAUUGUUGAUUGAGUUUUUUUUUUUUUUUUUUUUUAAUUACCGUUGAAUUAAUGAUAUUGGCUGUAUGGACGGAGGAGUAUCUAAAUGCCUAAAGUGUUUUUAAGCACUUUGAGCAUGCAGACAUUAUUAGCUGUUUGUUAAAUAUAAGCUUUUACUAUCUAGCAGCCUAAUGUCCUUAACCCUUCAAUAAAUAAUCAAAGCAUUUUCCUCAAGCUUUCAAAGCUCAAGGCUUUUCCUCAUUUCAUUUCCCUGUCUUCUUUUUUAUGCUACUAAAACUUAUUCAUUUCCAUCAAACUGCCUGCAAUAAGUUUGAUUUUUUAUUUUGAUUUUUUUUGGUUUUGAUAUGACUUGGUUGAUAAAGCAGAAGUGUUUAAAAGGCUAUACAGUUGUAUUUCUACAUUGUUUUAUUCUGUGCGAGUGAUCUGAAGGAUAUUCACUGUCAUAUA